AUGACAAGUAACUUUCAAAGAGCUCUUGGUGAAGGAGGCUUUGGCAUUGUCUAUCAUGGUUAUUUGAAUGGUUCAGAGGAAGUAGCCGUUAAAGUUGAACUUCUACUGAGAGUUCACCACACGAACUUGGUAAGCCUUGUCGGGUAUUGCGAUGAACGAGGUCACUUGGCUCUCAUCUACGAAUAUAUGUCCAACGUAGACUUAAAACAUCACUUGUCAGGAAAGCAUGAUGUCUCUAUUUUGAAGUGGAGUACUCGAUUAAGAAUAGCCAUUGAUGCCGCACUAGGAUUGGAAUACUUACAUAUUGGUUGUCGACCAUCAAUGGUACAUAGAGAUGUCAAAAGUACAAAUAUAUUGUUGGACGAUCAAUUUACUGCCAAAAUUGCGGAUUUUGGGCUUUCAAGAUCUUUCCAACUCGGAGAUGAAUCUCAUAUUUCAACAGUUGUUGCUGGUACUCCUGGAUACCUUGAUCCUGAAACGGGUCGGUUGGCUGAGAUGAGCGAUGUCUACAGCUUCGGGAUUGUGUUAUUGGAGAUGAUGACAAACCAACGUGUGAUUGACCAAAACCGUGAAAAGCGACACAUAACAGAAUGGGUAGCUUUAGUGCUUAACAGAGGAGACAUUACCAAGAUCAUGGAUCCUAAUCUUUACGGCGAUUACAACUCAAAUUCUGUUUGGAAAGCUCUUGAAUUGGCUAUGUCAUGUGCAAACCCAUCUUCCGAAAAACGACCAAGCAUGUCCCAAGUUAUCAGCGUACUAAAAGAGUGUCUUACUUCUGAAAACUUGAUGAGAAAUAAGAAUCAUGACAUGGAAUCCGAUAGUUCCCUUGAACUGACCAAGAGCUUUGAUACAGAAGUUGUCCCUCGUGCUAGGUAG